UACAUUCAAGAUUUACCACUUAUAUAUGAUAAUAUAUAAAAAUGGGGAAAACAGCUAAAGUUGUAGUGUGUGGCAUGAAAGGUGUUGGUAAAACCACAAUUUUGGAACAAGUAAUAUAUGGACAUGUAACUGACCAAAAUAAUUAUAUUCCUACUAUUGAAGAUAUAUAUGUAGCCAAUGUUGAAACUGAUAAAGGAACCAAAGAGAAACUAAGGUUUUAUGAUACGGCAGGAAUAGACCACUCUCAAAUUAGUACUGCAAAUGGAAUGACUAAUCAACAAUUACCUCGACAUUACCUAGUUUUAGCUGAUGCCUUUAUUUUAAUAUAUGAUACAGAAAAGAAUAAUUCUUUGGAUGUAUUAGUGUCCUUAAAGAAAGAUAUUGAUAAGAAUAAAGAUAAAAAGGAAGUUACAAUAAUAGUGAUAGCAAACAAAACCAAAGAGACAGAAAAUAAGGAAUUUGAUUCUACUAUAAGCAAGGCCUCAGCAUGGUGCAAUAGAGAGAAGAUUAGACAUUUUACUGCUUCUGCUAUUCAUAGAUCAAGUCUAUAUGAACCAUUUGUAUACUUAGGUAGUAAGCUAAAUCCUCCACCAAGUAAAAGUACUUUUACACCUUUAUCUAUGGGUAGGAAGGUUUUAAAAGAUUCAGGAUAAAUUGCAUUAGAAACCAGUGUUAACAUUUUAGAUAAUUUUAUUAAAUUAAUUUGUGUUUAGAAAAAUAAGCUCAACUGUUUUUACAUAUUUGGUUACAACCUAUUUGAAUCUCUGUUAAUUUUUUUAGUAAUUAAUGACAUUCUUAUGUGAUAUUUAUAUAAAACUUAUUUAUAGUAAAAUUUUUGAUAUAAUAAUGCUAUUAACUUUUUGUGGCAAUUGUACUUAAUAAAUUAUCUCCAUUUA